UUACUUUUGUACAGGGACUGAGUCUUAAAGCACUCAGCUUCAUCUUAAUGCCAUCUGCAAGACAGCAUCAUUACAGCACUCAUUUACCAGCUGAGGGACAUCUGCGUGGAAAAUGACACUUUCCCCACAGCUCCAUGUGGCUUGGGGGUGGAUCUGACAAUCGGGCAUCUGAUGCUGAAAGAUUCAGCCACAAAGAAAGCACACAAUGCUGGGGAUACAGAACAGAACAGUUAACAUUUCACAUCGACGACGUCUCCCCAGACUUAGUCUUUAUUGCGAAGAUAGACACAAAAUGCUGGAGUAACUCAGCGGGACAAGACAGCAUCUCUGGAGAGCAGGGGGUGGGUGACGUUUCGGGCCGAGACGGAUCUUCGGACCUUGGUCGCGGUUGGAAGUGGAGGAUUAUACACUUGCAGAGUUCGCCCCAUUUCCAACCAAGCUCAGAGCGUGGGUGCUGCAAAUGGCUUUCGCUUCUGGAUUGUGGCUGAAGUUUUCUUUUUGUGUCGGCGAACAGAGCCAUUUGCCUGGAGGAGCGGGCGUUCAUUCCCUUUAAGGGAAAAGAUUGCGAAGCGGGGAUUGUGCUUUGGGUUGUUGCUGCUAGAUAUUUCACACCUUGAAGCUACAGAGAGAGAGAAAGAGAGGGGGGUGGAGGGGGGCAGAGAGAGAGAGAGAGAGAGGGAGCCCGCGUUUGAUUCAGCUGUUUGGGAUUGCGCAGCCCCGCUGUUUUCUCUCUUUCUCUCUCUCACACACAAACAUCCACUUCACACAAGUCUGGGAAACAGCGCGUUUUUGACUUUUUCCUGGAUUUCAGUGGAAGAGAUUCACGCCACGAAGGGCCGAGGUGGAUGCAAAUCGUCACAUUACUUGCAAACAGCGGCAGCGAGCAGGUAACCAACUCUCCGUCUGAACACGCUGUUUGGAGGCUGUUUAAACUGAUUAUCCCCCUCCCAGCUAAAGGUUGCCUAUUGUUGAAAGUGAGAGAGGGAUAAAGAUUUUUUAAAAACAAGUUGAAAUAAAAACAAUUGAAGUGGAGGAUUUUUCUUUUUUGAGCAGAACUGUUUCGAUUGUUAGUGGGAUUGGCAGAGAGGUUCCGCGCUGUGAACGGGACUCCCGGGCGCUGGGACACCGGCUGUACAUUUCCAGUGAAAUUAACGCCGCUGUUGUUGGAUUUCACAGCGGCUUCCCCCCCUCCCAGGCGCCAGGCAAUGGCUCGGUGGCUGAAGGAUUACUUGAGUUUCGGGAACCGCAGGGUCCCGCCACAGCCCCCCAAGCCCGACUACAGCGAGAGCGAGAUCCUGCGAGCUUACCGAGCCCAGAGGAACCUGGACUUCGAAGACCCCUACGAGGAGGGCGAGCAUCACCAGAACCAGAAGCCCGCCUCGCCCGACAUCAAAUACGUCUCCCCCAAACAUCGCCUCAUCAAAGUGGACAGCACCGAGCUAGGCGGCCGCGCCAAGAUACUGGGCGGCGAGGAGACCAAGGGCAAAGGCGACAUUACUCUGCCUGACGACGAUUAUUCCGACCCUUUCGAUAUCAGGCAUGAUUCCAGAGGUGAGGCCAUUGACAAAGAGCUCAUUGAGAACAACGGCUACAUGGAACCAUAUGAAGCACAGAGAGUUAUAGCAGAAUUCCAGAGGAAAGGUGAGAAGAAACAGGGGAAGGGUCUCCAACUCUACGACACCCCCUACGAGCCCCAGGAGAAUGAUACAGAGUCGGAUGCGGAGAACGCCGUUGGUCAGAAGGUGCGAGAGAGCCGCCUUCCUCAAGAUGACGAGCGGCCUGCUGAUGAGUACGACCAGCCCUGGGAGUGGAAGAAGGACCACAUCUCAAAAGCUUUUGCAGUAGACAUUAAGGAAAUUAAAGAGCUCCCUUGGCCCCCGCCUGUGGGACAGCUAGACGAUGACUCAGUGAGCGAUGAAGUCCAGUUUGAUGGCUGCGAUUGGGACCGGUCAUCUCCUGCCAAAGAUCGACUGAGGCAACAGAAACAGCUCAGCCCCCUGGCCGGAGGGUCAAAAUACAGCAAGACACAGACUCCAGAGCACUGCUCUGCCCUACCCGAGAGAGUGGACCCUGCUCUACCGCUGGAGAAACAAGCGUGGUACCACGGAGCUAUCAGCCGGGCGGAUGCGGAGAACCUGCUGAUGCGGUGUAAGGAAUGCAGUUACUUGGUGCGGAACAGUGAGACCAGCCGCAAUGACUACUCUCUGUCACUCAGGAGCAGCCAAGGGUACAUGCACAUGAAGUUCAGCAGAACGAAAGACUCCAAGUACAUUCUCGGCCAGAACAGCCCACCCUUUGAUGGCGUUCCGGAGGUGAUCAACCACUACACCAGCCACAAGCUGCCAAUUAAAGGGGCUGAGCACCUCUCCCUGCUCUUCCCUGUGAUGGUGCAAACACUGUGAGUGGGGCCCAGCGGCUGUCUGAAGACAGCAGCGAGGGGGCAAAGCAGUCCAUGCUGGAAAUGAAAUGGACGGAGAACUAAAGCGUCAGCUUGCUGGUUAAUGUUGCAGAGACUGUGGCUCCGCUGAGUACAAGACUUUGGAAAACCCCAUUUCCGGCCAGUGAAAUAAUUGUAGGCCAAGAGUAUUGAAUAUCUCAUUUCCUCAGCAUUUGUUUCAACGAUUGUGGUGAAUUGGAUCAUGAAUGUCGCCGAACUCACUUGUACGGAUUCAGUCACUCAUUUACUGGGAAUUUAAGGAAUGUAUUUUACUUCUCCUGUGGUAACCCCUCCUUCUCCCC